AUGGCUCGUCUUUUAGUCAAUCGAUCUGGUAUUCAAAAGACAUUUGGGGAUGAAGAUUUGGCUAUCCUUGAAAAUCAGGUUAUGGCCAUAAAAGAUCCGAUUCGAGAAAUCCGGAUUGGUGGCAUGUUGUUGGAUCGAUCACGGCGGGCAAAUAAACUAAACGAGCUUGACUUCAUAAUGGUAGCUCAUUGA